GGAAGCGAGAAAAUUCCAACCUCAUCACAGCACGGACGUCUGCUCUUCCUUGCUCUGUUGAGAGCCGUUAUUGGAUGCUGUCGGCAAUUGGAAGCUUAAAUUGUGAGAUUGAGAGAGGAAUUAGUGGCGAAACCCAAUGAUUAUUUAAAAUUGGGAUUCUCUGAGCUCUUUCCGAGUUUGAUGCGUUGAUUUGCCUUCGCCUUGCUUCGGUGUCCUGUACAAUUACAUGGACGCAAGAGCAGCUGGCUUUUCUUUUUUACGCCGUCCUUUUCUCUUACCAUCCGUUGGUUUUCUUGUUUUAUAUACAUUAAUUGUCAUUAUAUGAGCAUUACAACCGCACCCUCUUCUUCUUCUUCUUCUUCCUCCUCCUCUUCCUCUGUUCAUGUCGCUUCUCCUCACUGGGUUUUGGUCUCUGCCUUUUCCUCACCGCUGGUGUUGAAGGAAGGAGCAGAAGGAGCUCAUGAAGGGGCUAGUGCUGUGCUUUUGCUUCUGGCAUUGAGCAAUGCUGCUGGACAAUAUGGAGGAAAUGAGGCACAGUGCAAAUACAAGAGGUCUUUGGAACCCAGGCCUCACAGUGUGUCCAUCUUGGAGUUUGGGGCAGUUGGGGAUGGGAAAACAUUGAACACCAUUGCUUUCCAGAAUGCCAUUUUCUAUCUCAACUCCUUUUCCGACAAGGGCGGUGCUCAGUUAUAUGUUCCGGCAGGCAGGUGGCUUACAGGAAGUUUCAACCUUACCAGCCACCUCACCCUUUUCCUUGAAAGAGAUGCCAUCAUUCUUGGAUCUCAGUGUUAUGACCAUUGGGAAAUAGCAGAACCCCUACCGUCCUAUGGACGGGGAAUCGAGUUGCCUGGCAGAAGAUAUCGCAGCCUGAUUAAUGGACUCAAUUUAAGUGAUGUGGUAAUAACAGGUGAUAAUGGGACCAUCGAUGGCCAGGGCACUUUCUGGUGGGAGCAGUUCAGUUCUCAUUCCUUGAACUACAGUCGCCCGCACCUUGUGGAAUUUAUUAGUUCUAGAGAUGUCACUAUUUCAAAUUUAACCUUCCUUAAUUCCCCUGCCUGGAACAUUCAUCCAGUAUAUUGCAGUAAUGUGCAAGUUCAAAACAUAACGGCCCAUGCUCCAGCUGAAUCUCCUCACACUAGUGGUAUUGUCCCAGAUUCCUCGGAGUUUGUCUGCAUCGAGGACAGCAAUAUCACUGUGGGUUAUGAUGCUAUUUCGAUCAAGAGUGGUUGGGAUGAGUAUGGAAUUGCCUAUGGCAAACCCACCACUGAUGUCCAUGUCAGGGGGGUUCGUCUCCAGUCUUUUUCGGGCUCUGCCCUCUCGUUUGGCAGUGAGAUGUCUGGUGGCAUCUCCAACGUACUUGCAGAGCGCAUUCUCGUGCAGAACUCGUUCACCGGCAUUGGAUUCAAAACAUCUAAAGGCAGGGGCGGUUAUAUAGAAGACAUACUCAUAUCAGAUGUGGAAAUGGAAUGUGUUGGCAGAGCAAUAGAGGCAACAGGUCAGUGGGAGUCCCACCCAGAUGACAAAUUUGAUCCAAAGGCACUUCCCGCUGUCAAUGGCAUUACAUUUAAGAAUAUGGUUGGCACAAACAUCACUGUUGCAGGAAACUUCUCGGGAAUUUAUGAAUCACCAUUCAAGUCCAUUUGCUUAUCAAAUAUCUCCCUAACCAUCGUUGCUGACCCUUCUUCCACUUCCUGGGUCUGUUCUAACGUAUCGGGUUUCUCCGAGAACGUGUCUCCUGAACCAUGUCCCAGCCUUCAAAGCUCAUUUCCAAACUCUUCCUCAGCUUGUUUCUCCCUCUUAUCUGCAACGAGUCAUGCAUCUUAUGUUAUUUUGUGAGGCCAUCACCCAAUACCAUUAUUUGUUUCAUCCAGUCCACGCAAAGAGACACCGAAGUAGGAUUUUUAUUUCCAACUUGAAUUCAAGUGGGAUAAUUUUCCAAUAAAAAUGCAGAUGUAGAAACAUCUCUGAUCUCCCAUAUCUUCAUUCAAUUACAAAAUCCCAUGUGUCUUGUGAUGAAAUGCUUCUGAAUUCAUGCCGCACCCUCAUCUGUUGCUCCUGUACAGCUACAUUAUUCUCAUUCAUGUGUAAGGAAAAUUUUGGUAGCGCAGAACAAGUGAUCAGAUUACUACUGCUUCCAGUCAUACAAUUAAAAUUUUUUGUUUUUCUUUGUUGUCAUUGUUAUCUUAAUUUGUAAAUUUAUGUAUGUGGUUUGUCACUUCAGACUUGAAUUGGAAGAUAGACAAGUACAAGAUAUUUAGUUUUGUGAUUGAAAUAAAAAGGGUUAUAUAUUCUCUCAAA